AUGUUCCUUCGGUUGCUUAUUUUACUAUUGUUAUCGAUCAACUUAUUGUCCAUCAAUCUCGUCCAUUGCGGCGAAAUUGAACGAAGAAAUGAACCGAAUGACCAGCUUCAGAACAUCACGUUAGACGAAUGGGUCAAGAAUCAAGUCAAUAAGUCUUGGGCUAUACUCAUGUCAAAUGUUUCGCCUCAGGGUGCUUUACCUGGUCUCAUAGUCGCGUCUUUAACGACUGGGCAUCCCAACUACUUUUUCAGUUGGACUCGUGAUACGGCCGUUGUUCUGAAGGAGAUCAUAUCUCGGUAUGAAGAAACCAAUGAUCCCAGUCUUCUGGCGAUAAUCAAGCAAACGAUUUCGGCCACCCAAGUGAUCCAAAAGGGAUCAUUGAGCUCUGAAGCGAACAUGGGCGAACCCAAGUAUGAAGUCAAUGGCUCGCCUUACUCCGGAUUGUGGUACAGACCCCAGAAUGACGGCCCGGCAUUGCGCGCUACUGUCUACAUGAAAUUCGCUCGAGUCUACUUGAAAGUGGGAGGGAUCGAGGCUUUGGAAUAUGUCGAACGGGUCCUGUAUAAUAGCAAUAAUGUCACCGGUAGUGUUAUCAAAGUGGAUUUGGAAUACAUCGCUAAGAAUUGGAGAGGGAUCUCUUUCGAUCUAUGGGAGGAAGUGAAAGGACACCAUUUCUUCACCUUUUCCGUCAUCCAACGUGCACUCAAGGAAGGCGCCCAAUUCUGUCAAGAAAUCAAGGAUCAGAAAGCUUCAGCCUUCUAUCAAGAACAAGCGGACCAAGUUGGUGAACAGUUGAAGCUUUUCUGGGACGAUCAAAAAAAGUUUGUUGUGGAUAGUAGGGAUUUACUCUGGAUUUAUUAUGGAAAGACUUCUGGAUUGGAUGUCGGAACGAUCCUUGGUUGCCUGCAUUCUGGAAAACACGUGUCCGAGGAAUUCAGGCCUGGAUCAUACAAGAUGACCAAUACGUUUAAAGCUUUGCUAAAUUCCAUGAAUUCCCUAUACCCACUCAAUCAACGUUACGAGCAUUAUGCUGCCAAAGCGAUUGGAAGGUACCCCGAGGAUGUCUAUGAUGGCGAGAAUAAGACCCACGGAAACCCAUGGUUCAUCACCACAUUAGCCAUGUCCGAGUAUUUAUAUAGAACCAACUCGACCGGUGCAGAUGUCAACCUAUUCAAAAACGAAACGGGUUUCGAAACUCGACAAAUAGCCGACCAGUUCUUGAUGAUUGUCAAAGACUCUGUUCAAGCCAACGGGUCGAUCCAUGAAGGCUUCAGUAGGAUCGACGGUUCCGGCGUCGGCGCUCGUGAUUUGACUUGGUCUCAUGUGGCUUUCUUGUCCAUGGAAAGGGCUAGAAGAGGAUUGCCUGAAUUCUAGUUCG